AUGUCAUCUUCGGUCAUCAUUCAUUACACUGCUGUCAUGGGUAUACAACGACGUACUCUCACCUUCAAUGCGGCGCAUAACUCUACGUCCGAAUUAGCAGGACUGAUUUGGGUUGGCCGGCUCUUGUUCCUCGAAUAUGCCCUGACGGUCUAUAGCUAUGCUACUCUAGCCUACGAAUGGCCAUGCCGGGAUCAUUAUCCGUCGCAGCCUGACCGCCUGGAUGCGAUUCGCAAGAAGUACUUGAUCCGAGGCUGUUAUACCCCAUUUGGGGAAAUCAUUGAGCUUAAAGCUUUUGCUAAGUCAAUUGUCAAGAGAGAAGGUAUUCCGGGAAACCUUUCCUGGGAUCCGGACGGGCAAUCGUUCACGAUCGGACACGACAAAAAGUUUAAGCCUUCUGAAUUCUGCGCGACCCAUUUGAAAGCCAUUGAGCUUGUACAAGAGAGAGUAGACGAGAUGAUGCUGGGACUGAAAGUGGAUAUCAACAUAGAUGAGAUCUUAGGCAGCGGCAGCGGGAGGAAAUUAGCCGAGGGCGACGACGAGGCCGGCAGCGAUAAUGAGGAUGAGGAUGAGGAUGAAGACGAAGAGGAGGAUGAUGGCGAUGACGAUGAGGAUAACUAUAAGAGGCCGCUCAAUGCAUCGAAAGAAGCAAGAGGACUCGUCAACCUCAACUUUAACCAUCGCCCCUCGAAGGUCAAUACCCACACCCAGCAACUCAUCAUGAAGGUCUCCUCCAUCCUCGCCGCCGCAGCCAUGGCCUCCGUGGCGCAAGCCUGGACACUCGAUUUCUUCGCCAGCAAGGGCACACGAACGAAGAAGGUCUUCGCAAACGGACAUGAAAGGAACGAAUGCACCAACCUUCGCUCUGAUUACAACUGGCCUACAACUGAAAUUCAUUUCAACCCCGAGACUGGCGGCUGGCCAGACGCAAAGGGGUACACCGCCUACAGCAAGACCAACUGCAAAGGCAAGGCAUACUACGGGGUGGAAGGGAACCAGUUUAUGAAGAAAACAUUCAAAAGCUACAAGGUCACGGGCUAA